UCAUCUCGAAAGUUCAAACACACCACUGAUCCGUAGGGGCUCCCAUGUCGCCGCUGUCUCCGCGACUACUUCUCCGCCGCCGUCGCCGCGGCGCUCUCUUCCUGCCCUGAGAUCUCCGGUCGCCGGGCCCGGUAUGGUCCUGCCGCGCCGGCGCGGCGGCCACAACCACCAUCCGUGCCCGUGCCCGCGCCGCGCCCUUCUGCCGGCGGCGGCGCUACUGCUGCUCUUCCUCCUCGCCGCCGUCACGCUGCUCUACGUCUCCCCGCCGCCUCUGUCCGACCACCCGGCCCUCGCCUACUCCCGCCGCCGCUCCCCGCAUGCUCCGUUGAACAGCUCUGAUGGCGGCAGCCUAGUGGAGCCCGGGCGCCGCGAGAUUUCCCGCGUUCCAAGAGGUGGUUGGACUGCGACAGAUGGCCUCUGGGGUUCGAAGCUUGCUAGCAAAUUCUAUGGGUGCAGCAACUCAAGCAGCAAGUUUCUUGAUUCAGGUGUUAUGACACAUCCAGACCGUUAUUUGAUGAUUGUUACAAGUGGAGGCCUCAAUCAACAGAGAACAGGGAUAAUUGAUGCUGUUGUUGCUGCACGUAUUUUAAAUGCAACACUCGUUGUUCCCAAAUUGGACCAAACCUCCUUCUGGAAAGAUGCAAGUGACUUUGCUGAAAUUUUUAAUGCCGACUGGUUCAUCUCAUUUCUAUCAAAGGAUGUAAGGAUUGUGAAAGAGCUUCCAAAGAUAGGAAAUAAACUGCGAGCUCCUCAUAGAAUGCGUGUACCUCGCAAAUGCACUCAGCGAUGUUACUUGAACCGUGUGUUGCCUGCACUUAUUAAGAGACACGUUGUUCGACUAACAAAAUUUGAUUAUAGGCUAGCAAACAGGUUGGAUUCUGACCUGCAAAAGCUGAGAUGCAGAGUUAACUACCAUGCAUUGAGAUUUACUGACCCAAUACAAGAAAUGGGUGAAAAGAUAAUACAGAGAAUGCGGGAGAGGAGCACGUAUUUUAUUGCUCUUCAUUUAAGAUUUGAACCGGAUAUGCUUGCCUUUUCUGGGUGCUACUACGGUGGUGGAGAAAAAGAGAAGAGAGAACUUGGUGUGAUACGGAAGAGAUGGAAAACCUUGCAUGCUAGCAAUCCAGAGAAAGAAAGAAGGCACGGUAGAUGCCCACUAACUCCUGAGGAGGUGGGGCUGAUGUUGAGGGCACUGGGCUACAGAAACAAUGUUCACAUUUAUGUUGCCUCUGGAGAUAUAUAUGGUGGCGCAAAGACAUUAGCACCCCUGAAAGCACUCUUCCCCAAUCUUCAUACCAAAGAAACAGUAACAAGCAAAGAUGAGCUGGCUCCAUUCUCAAAGUACUCAUCUCGCAUGGCCGCACUUGAUUUCAUUGUCUGUGAUGGAAGUGAUGCUUUUGUGACUAACAACAAUGGCAAUAUGGCCAAAAUUUUGGCUGGGCGAAGGAGAUAUUUUGGGCAUAAGAGAACGAUCCGACCAAAUGCGAGAAGGCUCUACUCCUUAUUCUUGAGCAGAGGAAACAUGUCCUGGGAUGCAUUCUCCUCCAAAGUGCGCAUGGCCCAGAAAGGAUUUAUGGGAGAGCCCAAAGAGCUGAGGCCAGGAAGGGGGGAGUUCCACGAGAACCCUUCAACAUGUAUAUGUGAAAACACCGAUCCCAAAACACUGACCAAACCUAACCCUCGAAGCGAGCAAGGAUUGAGCAAUGGCACCCAGGGAGGGAAAGCCAUUGCCGAGCCCACAGUUGCUAAUCAUACCAACGAAGAGUUAGACGGAUCCAGUGCGGAAGAAGAUGGCAAUAGCGCGGAGAAAGAAGAUGACACUAGCGAAGAGAAAGAGGAGAUAGUUGACACGGAAGUGGAGGAUGAUGCAUUGGUGAGACCAGAUGAUCCUGAGCUGGAGGAGGUCCUUUCGGAUUAGAUAGGUUACCCCAUGCCGUAGGUAGAUGUUAACCAGCCGGCAGAGUUUUGAUGAGUUGCUGAUGGAUAUUUGCCCCUUUCAAUGUACAUAUUUUCUGUGCUGUGUAAAAUAUUGACCCCCACCCCCUCUUGACUGUAGUGAGCUUGUAGGGUACCCUCGUCUUUCGUUAGUCCGGUAUCAUAGUGGCUGUGCGCUGAUGUUGUUAGAGUUUGUAAUGUGUGUGGUAUGCUGUAGCGUGGGCUUGUUUGUGUUUAUUUAUUCACUUUUGUGUAAUUCUCAA